CUUUCAAAUCUUCCUGUUUUGCAGCUGCAUCUCGAAGAACUGAGGCACAUCUGAGCUCGCAGCUUCACCCUUGACUAUUUUUUUUGAUUGAGCUCACUGUUCUUGAAUCAUCAGUCGUUUACCGUCCAGUUAGAUUCGACACACUAGAGGAUGGUUCUCGUUUUGUCACAGUGGUUUGGGCGAGGUUGCGCCAAGUGUUCAACGUUAGGCUUGUACAGUCCAAUGUUCCCCGAUCUUGUUAUUGUCAAAGUUCCUUUACAUAGACAGUCUUGUGCGCCAGCGAGUAGCCCUGCCGUUCACAACACCCGUGCAGUGAGAUGGGAUGAAACAGCAGAGGCUCAUGUCUUCAAGCUUCGCCUUCCAGGACUAAAGAAGGAGGACCUGAACGUUCAGAUAGAUGAUCGGAUUCUAUACAUCAGUUACAACAGUGAGCCCAAAAUCGAUAAAAAGGAGGAUGAAGCGUUGUCCAGCUCCCAGAGUAAAGAGAAGAAAUCUGGAAGCUGCAGCUUUAAGCGCAAGUUCAAGCUUCCAGAGAAUGCAGACUUGGAGCAAAUCAAAGCUGAUGUAACCAAUGAGACUUUAACAAUCACUGUACCUAAGCUCGCGAUGAAGUCACCAGAGAUUUGCAUAAUCAAUGUGAAAAGUAGUGAUCCGGCAGCAACCCCACAUGCCACCUCAUCGACGACUCCAUCAGAUAAGUCCAAGGCUGCCAAUGGAUCCCAAUGUCCCUCAACCUAGUGCACAACCUGACAUCAUCGCUCAGUUGUUGUUGUAAAAGUUCAUCACUACUCAAUGAGCUUAAAUUACAUAUACGUUAGGAAUAGAUCACAGCAUGGAUACAUACCAGACAGGGCUGAUUCUAUUGGUUGGGACCUUAAAGAUUUCUAAGAACUAAGUUGCUAGGAUCCACCAAGAAUCAAGUGAUUAAAGAUUUUCAAUAACCAUCUCUUUCCUUUUCUUAGACUUUUGAUUUAGCUUUGGAAGUAAACAAUCAUUUCAAUGGAUAGGUUUGAUUUCAAAUUUUUAAACCAAGACCAACCAAUCUCUAACUAUUACAAUUCCAUUAAUAAAGAUGAUCAUUUUAAGGA